AUGACCAGCAUCACAGGUAAAGCGUCUUCUGGAACGCAGAACUCGGAAAUGCAAGCGUAUCAGCGCAGGCGGUCGACUUCCAAAACACAGAGUAACUACAAUUCUGUCAAUAAUCAAGGCUUGCUUCAUGAAUCGUCGCUAGCCGGCAGUUUGGACGAGCCCGAGCCCGACCGCAAGCCUCCGAGCUUACAAAAAUUUGCACACGUUGUCAAGCUCAUAUCUCCCGACCAGUCGCCGUCUGAGUUUGUCAAGAUUCUGAACGUCCCCCUGGCACCUGACUCAUUAAAGAUAGGGCGUCAAAAUGUGCCAAAAGUGACCAACAAGAUCACGGAUGGGUUCUUUGACUCGCGGGUGCUUUCGCGUAACCAUGCUGAGCUUUUCAUCAACGAAAACAAGCUGUAUAUCAGGGAUCUUAAAUCUUCAAACGGAACGUUUAUCAAUGACGAAAAACUGGACCCACACAAGGAAUACGAGCUCAAAAUGGGCGACAAGUUAGAUUUAGGUACCACGUUGGAGUCGCAAGUGGCACAUAAGAAAAUCACAUGUAAGGUGGUCGAAUUGAGCUUUAUGAGUCUAGGCGAGUACGAGACUCUGAUUAACCAGACAUUGAGCAAGGGCAGUUUGGAAACAAAGAAGUUGGAGCUGUUUAACAGCUCGCUAGAUGCGCUGAUAUUUAGCGACGUGAUAGACGAACAAGAAAAUCUUGUUUUGGAGUCGUUGAUGGACGAACUCUCGAAGGCCGAAAAACCGAAACCGUCGCAGAAACAGAAAGAGGACCAGAUUGUGCCCAACCUGAGUAUCCAGCCGUCGGCGAAAGUGGACGACGUGGUACGGAAGCUGAUAAUAUCUAUCAACAACGAGUACCUGCAGCAGCAACGGCUGAAGGAGAUCUCGAGGUUUAUGAAGAGCUAUUCGCAAUAUGUUCCACGAACCAUUACACACAAUCAAGACGAUACAAACGAGCGGAUCAAGGCUCUGGAGGCAGACCUUGCGAGCGCGAGAGCACAACUGGGGAUCGCGAGGUCAAGCGAGGCCGCCGCUUUGGAAGCAUUUUCACAGAGUAAAAACGACCACUCGAAAGCGGUUGGCGAGCUCGAGGCUUUGAAAUCCAAGCUGGGAUCGGUACUGGACGAGCUCGAGGCGGAAAGAGCGUUGAAAGUGCAGGCCCAAACGGAGGCAUACGAGGUGCGUGCAAAACUGAAGGAGCAGACCGAGUCUCAGAAAGAGCUACCACGGUCGCUUGUUGAACAGUCCGUGGAGGCGGAGCCUGUCGAGCCUGUGCCAGCGGUGGCGCCGCCCAAGGCUGCUGCUGCGACUGUUCAUAAAACAAGUCACGUUCCUAUGGUCUCUAUUACAGGGAUACUAAUAAUGGCUCUUGCCGUGGCUUGGGUGUUGAGGAUGUACCCAGAGCUGGCCGAGAUUCCGGCGAUUUCUCAGCUGACGAGCUCGUUUAUGCAUUGA